UCUUUUAUUUUGGAAAACUGAAAAGCCUCUUCAUCAUCUGAUGUAUCCUAGAAGUCUUCAUCAAACUGCCCUCAUCAGGGACCUCCUUAUCUCCCCCGGCAAUAGAGAGCAAGAACGCUUUUUUAAAAGCCUGAUACUUUCGAUCGACUGUCCCUUUGGGUUUAAGUUCUUCAUUCAUUCUAAACCCAGUUGGUCCUGGUCAGGAGUCCUGGAGUCACACGAAGGUAGGGUUCAAAGGUGGGGUUCACUCUUAAGUCCAUCACAAGACCACACAGACAAAAAACCAGACACACCCCAUGUUCACAAAUGAGACCAAAAAACGCAGGAGACAUCUUUGGAUUAAUGGAAACUGAUUGUGUUUUGACCGUUAAAAAAGAAAACUCAGGCAUUCCUAAAUACUCAGUUUGGAGGAAAAAUAAUAUAAUAAUUUAUCUUAACCUAAAUGCAACGUUCUGUUGUGGUUUUCAUUAAUCUUGGCUUUAAUGCAGCUAUCAUCUGACUUUCAUAUGAAGAUUUCUGAUUGGCUAAUGGAUUUGAAGGCAGACUUAAAUCAGCCAAUCAGACGCGAUGUUGUUCAGCACCGUUAGCUAACAACAGUCUGUUGAUCAUGAUAGCGCGUGCCGCGUUCCUCUGUGAGUUCUUUCUAAAGAUGUGAUCACAAAAUAUUUCAUUCUUUUUGUGAACUUUAAUAGGCUACAGCAGUCGGGGUUUCGCGGGUUAUCGUCAUGAACAUCGGCGACGGCUUGCUGUUCGAACUGGAAAAUGGGAAACCAAAACUGAUUUUGCUGAAUCGAGGAGCUGAAAAGAACCAGGGGAAGCAGCUCUCCUUAAGGAUCAGACCUGCUAAAGUCCUGAGCUCCAGGCAGCCGCCCUGUGCCGAGGAGGUGCAGGGAGACGAGUGCCCAGCCCGGCAGCAGACAGGGAGGCUCAGCGAGGUCAGGAGUAAGGCAGAAGGAGGCGUGUCUUCUGCCCACGGCUCUGUUCCCGGCAGCCACACUGAAGGGAGAAAGACCAAGAGACACGGGCAGCACAGACGGGACCGCGCCAAGGUGGUGGCGGAGGUGAAGCCAAACAAAUGCUGCGCUGCUGUCCAUCAGGAGGAUGGAGGGAGCAACGAGAAGGAGGCUCUGGCUGAUGGAGACGCAGGAGUUGCAGUUCUAACCAGUGAUCAGCUGCACCAGAUCCUAAGCUCCUUCAAAGACGGAGAUCAGACGGGCCCAAAGUCCAGAGGUUCAUCAAAUGAAAGAGGAGAAGAAAGGAUGGAAAAGGUUAAAGAAACAGGAACACCUCUAAACUCUCAGGAAAACGUCAGCAGGGCAUCUGGAUGUGCGUUCAGCUGGUCGGAGGAACGACUCCCACACAGCGAAGCGGCCAGCGGCGCCAAGAAGGCUCAGUGGCGGAGAGAUCUCGGUCAGCAGGUGGAGCAGAGUCAGCAUCAUUCCGCUCCCGUCAGACUGCAGGAUGAGGGGGGGUCCGCCGGCCGCACCGAGCCACACACAGCCAUCAGGUCCAGCCUCAGACUCGGGGAUGUGAGUCCCCUAGAUAUGGAGCUGAAUAUUGAGAAGAAAGAGGAGCAGAGGAGGUGCUGGCUGCAGGAGCUGGACCAUCAAAGACAGGAGGCGACGGAGCGCAGGAGACGGGAGAAGCUGCUUCAGAACCAGAUGGAGGACCAGGAGCGCUGGAUGGCUCACUUUGACUCCCUUCAGAGGAGAGCCCCCACCAGGGCCGGCGCUCCAUCAGCUCCUCCUGAGGUGCAGCUCUGCCGUGCGGAGCAGCGGGGAUGGGAACCCUCCUCCAGCCUGUCCUUGAACUGGGAUGUCUCCAGCAGCUGUGGGACCGACAGCCUGGUUGGAGCCAGCGUGGACUCCUCCAGCAGAUGUCAGACCAGGAGCAGUUACCUGAGGACCAUGACCUCCCUGCUGGACCCCACCCAAAUAGAGGAGAGAGAGAGGAGGAGAGUCAAGCAGCUGGAGCAGCAGAGAGCAAUCGAGGCUCAGAUGGAGGAGCGCAAGAAGCUGAGGGAGGAGGAGGAGGCAAAGAGGAGAGAGGAGGUGGAGAGGGAGGAGAGGCGGUUGGCGCAGGAAAGGGAGAUGCUGCAGAGACAGUAUGAGCUGGAAACCAGGAAGGAGAAGGAGCAGACGGAGGCCGUCCUCCACGCCGAGAGUCUGCAGACGUCUGGAGGACGCAGAAAGGAGGCGGGGUUAAAGGACGCCGGCGUUUCAUCCCUCAGAGACACGGCCGUCCAGACGGACAGUGCAGAUGGCGUGCAGACUCUGGAUGCGGCUGUGCAGUACCACACACCUCUCCCCCGCCCCCCAGCGCCUCCUAACAGCAGGGGGUCGAGAGCAGGCAAGGAGAACUUCAGGGAGCCAGCAGGAGGAGAUCUCUAUGAGCCGUUUGCCCGGACCGAAAGGAGCAGAGGGGGCAAGAGGAGGCCUGAAUGGAACACACAGAGGCCCAGCCGGCGCUUCGUCCCCGCCUCAGAGCGGUACCCCCCCGACCUGCAGAGGGACCGGCAGAAGAACCGGCUGAAGAGGCAGGCGGAGCUGCUGGCUCUGCAGGAGAGGGCCCGCCCUCUUAAACCAGACCGGCCCCCCCCUCACAGCCAGGAUUCCCAUCUCUGCUCCACCUCCCAACUCAGCGGGACCAGCGCCCCCCCCUGCAGGAAGGUGGAAACGGAGUCCAGAGGAGGCGGCGGCUCGGCGGUCCGGUCCCACAGGGGGCAGCAGCCCCCCGGCUCUCCUCAGCACAAGUUCGUCCCGUAUGUCCGGACGGAUGAAGUCCAUCUGGACCCGCUGGAGCCGGCUGACACCCCCCCACCCCACACAGACCCAGGGCCCCCCGCUCAGAGCCCUGCCCCCCCACACGCCCCCCUGGCCCACACGCGGCGGCAGCAGCAGAUCCUGAGAGGCCUGGCUCGGCUACGACAGGGUUUGUUACAGAAACAGAAGGAGCUGGAGAUGGAGCUGAACCCCCCCCAGAGCCACCACACAGCACCGUGACCCCCCCCCACGCCACGGGUUUGCACCGACUGGGUGACCAUCGACUCUGCAACUUGAACAUCUUCAUACUUACAGGCACUUUUCCUGAAAACCAUUUGGUUGUUUCUAAUGUGAAAUGAAAUAAAUGACAUCAUUUUUAUUAAAGAGA